CUUCCCGGCCGCCGUAGCCCCUGCGAGUGGAGCCCGUGCAGAGGCCUUCCGCUUGGGCUCUGAGAGGAAGAGAAAGGCAGCGACGGGACAGGAGUCGGAGGAUUCCAAGAUGGCGGCGGCGGCAGCAGCGGGAGGAACACCUCUGAGGCAUCUCUGAGGCGAGAACGAGGCGGAGAAAGAGGGGCAGCAUGAGAAGCGGGCAGGCCAAGGCCUCCUGAGCGGCGGCUGUGAGGACAGCGACAACACUGAGGAGGAGGAGGAGGAGGCCUUGGGCCUGCUUCGCCUCCCUCGGCCUCCGCAGCGGGGCCCAGCCAUGUCGGACACUCGGCGGCGGGUGAAGGUGUACACGCUCAACGAGGAGCGGCAAUGGGACGACCGCGGGACCGGACACGUCUCCUCCACCUACGUGGAGAGGCUCAAGGGGAUGUCGCUGCUGGUGCGCGCCGAGGCCGACGGUUCACUUUUGUUGGAAUCGAAGAUAAAUCCAAACACUGCAUAUCAGAAACAGCAGGAUACUUUGAUUGUUUGGUCCGAAGCAGAGAAUUAUGAUUUAGCUCUGAGUUUUCAAGAAAAAGCUGGCUGUGAUGAGAUCUGGGAAAAGAUUUGCCAGGUGCAAGGUAAAGACCCUUCUGUGGAAGUCACACAGGACCUCAUUGAUGAAUCGGAAGAAGAACGCUUUGAGGAAAUGCCUGAAACGAGUCACUUGAUUGACCUCCCGACUUGUGAGCUCAACAGACUCGAAGAGAUUGCAGACCUAGUUACCUCAGUUCUCUCGUCACCCAUCCGUAGAGAAAAGCUAGCCUUGGCUUUGGAAAACGAAGGCUACAUUAAGAAAUUAUUGCAACUUUUCCAGCUUUGUGAAAACGUAGAAAAUACUGAAGGCUUACAUCAUUUGUAUGAAAUUAUUCGAGGGAUUUUGUUCCUCAAUAAAGCAACUCUUUUUGAGGUGAUGUUUUCUGAUGAGUGCAUUAUGGAUGUUGUGGGAUGCCUUGAGUAUGACCCUGCAUUAGCUCAGCCAAAAAGGCACCGGGAAUUCUUGACCAAAACUGCAAAAUUUAAAGAGGUCAUACCCAUAACAGACUCUGAACUUAGGCAAAAGAUUCAUCAGACUUACAGGGUACAGUACAUUCAGGACAUCAUCUUGCCAACACCAUCAGUUUUUGAAGAGAAUUUCCUUUCUACACUUACAUCUUUCAUUUUCUUUAACAAAGUGGAGAUUGUCAGUAUGCUACAGGAAGAUGAAAAGUUUUUAUCUGAGGUUUUUGCACAGCUAACUGACGAAGCUACGGAUGAUGACAAAAGGCGCGAACUGGUUAACUUCUUCAAGGAGUUCUGUGCAUUUUCUCAGACAUUACAACCUCAAAAUAGAGACACUUUUUUCAAAACUUUAGCAAAGUUAGGAAUUCUUCCUGCUCUUGAAAUAGUAAUGGGUAUGGACGAUUUGCAAGUCAGAUCUGCUGCUACCGAUAUAUUUUCUUAUCUGGUAGAGUUCAGUCCAUCUAUGGUCCGGGAAUUUGUAAUGCAAGAAGCCCAGCAGAGUGAUGAUGAUAUCCUCCUCAUAAAUGUAGUCAUUGAGCAAAUGAUCUGUGACACAGACCCUGAGCUCGGGGGCGCCGUUCAGUUAAUGGGGCUCUUGCGUACCCUAAUCGACCCUGAGAACAUGUUGGCCACAGCUAAUGUAAGAAAAUGGAAAGGGAAAACAGAGAAAAGUGAAUUUCUCAAUUUUUUCUACAACCAUUGUAUGCAUGUCCUCACCGCUCCACUCCUUGCCAAUACAUCAGAGGACAAAAAUGACAAAGAUGCGGUAGUUGGAGGCAACAAGAGUAAUACCAUUUGCCCAGACAACUACCAAACAGCACAGCUGCUUGCCUUAAUUUUGGAGCUGCUCACGUUUUGUGUGGAACAUCACACAUAUCACAUCAAGAACUACAUUAUGAACAAGGACUUGCUGCGACGAGUUUUGGUCUUGAUGAAUUCAAAACACACUUUUUUGGCGCUUUGUGCUCUUCGUUUCAUGAGGAGGAUAAUUGGCCUGAAGGAUGAGUUCUAUAACCGUUAUAUCACCAAAGGAAACUUGUUUGAGCCAGUAAUAAAUGCUCUUUUGGAUAAUGGAACCAGGUACAAUCUUCUGAACUCAGCGGUGAUUGAACUUUUUGAAUUCAUUCGAGUGGAAGAUAUCAAGUCACUUACUGCACAUAUAGUUGAAAACUUUUAUAAGGCACUUGAAUCCAUUGAAUAUGUUCAGACGUUCAAAGGAUUGAAGACAAAAUAUGAGCAAGAAAAGGACAGACAAAGCCAGAAAUUGAACAGUGUCCCAUCUAUACUGCGUAGCAACAGGUUUCGCAGAGAUGCCAGGACCUUGGAGGAUGACGAGGAAAUGUGGUUCAAUGAAGAUGAGGAAGAGGAAGGCGAGGCCAUCGUUCCCCCCGGAGAGAAAUCCAAGGCGGAGGACGAUUUCCCAGAGAGCUAUGAGAAGUUCAUGGAAACAAAAAAAGCGAAAGAGAGUGAAGAUAAAGAGAAUCUCCCCAAAAGGACUUCAGCGGGUGGCUUCAAAUUCACUUUUUCCCAUUCUGCCAGCGCCACGAAUGGAGCAAACAGUACAAACAGUAAAUCAGUAGCAGCUCAGACAUCACCAGCAAGUUCAAAUGGUUCCUCUUCUAAGAAUGCCAAUUUGACUGCAGCCGUCACGGCCACGAAGGGAAGUCUAGUGGGCCUUGUGGAUUAUCCUGACGAUGAGGAAGAAGACGAAGAGGAGGAAACGUCCCCGAGAAAAAGACCUCGCCUUGGCUCUUAAAGUCCCGAAACAAACUGUAACUGAGGGUGCUCAAAUGCUGUGACUGAACUACAUAGUCUGACUCAGAAAGCUUUCUCCCUGGAAAAUACAUGAGAAUACAAGGAGUAGCAGAAGAAAACUCGACUACUAGAAGGGUUUAGUUCUGAGAACAUCAGGCUUCCAAAGAAUCUAAUCUCUUUCUAGCCAACGAGAGUCUGCCAUUCAGGCUGUUAAAUAUUAAACUGAAACGGCGGGUUCGUCAUCCGCACCUCGACGACAGCUUGCCCGCGAAAGGAUCAUCUCUGGUUCUGUGAAGGGAUGGGGUUGGGAUAAGUAACUUUUUUUGAUAUUGCAGGGUUUGCCCAGUUUGUAUUCAAGCUAGAAGAAGAAGAAAAAUUGUAAGGCUUCAGUUGCAAACCUAAUAACCUAACUUUGUAAUGGUGCUGUCCAUUGUGGGGAGGGGCUUAAAGCAAUCGCCUCUUAAACGAUACCAUUUCCUUUCUAUAAUCAAAUAAUAAUUCAGGCCUUGGGGACCACUGUUUGCACAGUCAGCCAAAUUAUAGAGGGUAGCAUCCCUUCUCUUCUUUAGUGCAUGUCGAGUGGUGAAUUUAUCUCCCCCCCCCCCCCCCAAUUCUGUAUUUUGGAAGGAGGAAAGCUGGGUUUAAAAUGGAAGAUGAGUAUUAGCUGUCUAGGAAAACCAAUACAAGAAACAUUCAUUCAGAUUUUUUUUUAAAGAGACACCAUCGAUAAACCCUAGUCCUUGGAAUAGCAUUUGAGGUGCAAUGCUAAUAAUGUUUUAUGGAAGCCAAGGUGAACGGAGUUACUCCCUGCGAGCUUCAGGAAAGGUUUUCCUCGAGCCGUCGGCAUUUAACGUUUGGAAGAGUAACGUCCGCCGCCGUGUUGGGAAAUGCUGCCCGAAGGUUUUGAACCCUACGGAUUUGGGGGUGCAGUAGUUUUUGAGUAGUUGCCGAUUUGGAGGCAGAGUCAGCAUGCAGCACCUUGAACCUAGAGGGUUUUGAGUACGACGGCUGCUUCUUAACACAUUCCAUGUAUUUAAGCAAAUUUCAAAAAAGACAACACACACUUAGGUGAAUGGAUGGAGUCAACCAUUUUUGAGACCUUUUUAUUUUUCCGAGCGAGCGAACUGUAAAUAUUUUACUGUUAGUUUGGCCAUAUAUGAUCUGAGAUCAUGCAGAAUGAAUUCCCCAAACUACAAAUUGUGUUGGAAAAAAAAAAGAGUGAUUUGAACAAUGAAAACCAGCAGCAAUCCAUCACUAUCAAUCACUCUUGCGAUGUGUCAUGGGUCCAUUUCUCCCGAAACAGUGCUGACAAGUUCCCCUCUGUUUUGGAGAUUUUUGUAGUUAAUUUUAAUUUUAGCAAUCGUUUGCAAAAAGAUGGGCUGUCUCUGUGUAGAUAUGAAGUAUAGUUUUUUCCAUGAAACAGAAGUUUAUUUUGUAUUGAGAAGACGAAGAAGAAAAAAACCACUGUACUUGUUUUACACCAUUUGUAUACAUGUGGUAAUAUUAAUGAACUGUAAAAUUCAGGAAUUAAAAUGUGACCCUGUAAUUCCAUAAUUAUUGGUUUUGUUUGGUUUGUUGUAAAUGGUAAGUUAAUUCAGAUUUUUUUUUUUUUUUGAAACGUGGCCAUUUUAGAGGAUUUUAAUGAGGAUAGUUAUUUGUACAAUUUAAUCAAAUGCUACUGAAUCAAAUCCGGAAAGGGGGGAAAAAAGCAAAGAGUCCUAGAUUUGGUUCAGUGUGCCGUGAUGACUGACCGUUAAUGUGGCCUGACGACCACCUCUCUUGCCCUCUGGGGGCUCCAGGCAACCAAGAAUGGGGCUUCCUUCUCGCUCCGGCCGAGUCCCUUGUUUGAAGGAAAGUCUGGGGAAGUCCUUUGGCUGGUUCAAUGGAGUUACUAGGUAGACUUGCCGACUUAACAUCCGCCAUCCAUUUACUCUUGGCAGGUCUUCCCUUCACCUUUACAGAGGGAAACUUCUCCCCAAAACCUGUAUAAUUUCCUUAAGAAAACCGUAUGCGCCCCAAUUUCCCUUCAGAAAGAAAUCCACCAGCCCUCUCUCCAGCUUUUUAAUCAGUCACUGAAAAAGACCCAAAGCACAAUUGGAUCUUCCUCAAUCCUUUUCAAAGACUGUUAGGAGCAUUCAGUUACGUGGAGACGUAAUCAAGAAAGCAAAAAAAUAGUAAUUCCUUUUUAUAGUUUAAUAUAAACAAAACAAUGACCCUCCAACCAAUAUUGGAACCUUUUCAAGAGCUGCGGAAGGUGCGCUUAGCUCCUCCUUUCCGAGUCCCACCGUCUGCCUCAGGUGCGCUUGCCCUCCCGGAGGCUCCCCGCCUCCUUUUCAGUACUUUUCUGCCACAGGACAGCCCACAUUUCAAAUGCCUGGGGCCCUUCAACCGAUUUUUUAAAGAGAAAGAUUGCAUCUGCCAACAUGUCUCAGUUAAAUACUAUUUUAAUAAAAAGUUAAAUGAAAA